AUGAAUAACGGGAUGAUAGAAUGCAGUGUUUGCCAUUCCAAGUUGGUAUCGCCCGCCAGCAAAACUGUAUCGAGGGCUUAUGAUCGGCACAAAAGUAGGUUAACAUCCAAACAACGUGUACUCAACAUCUUGUUGGUUGGUGGUGAUUGUAUGUUAGUUGGUUUCCAGCCUAUCCUAGUCUAUAUGUCCAAGGUGGAUGGGAAAUUCAAUUUUAGCCCAAUUAGUGUUAAUUUUUUGACAGAGAUCACGAAGGUUUUCUUUGCUAUUGUUAUGCUUCUUAUCCAGGCUAGGAAUCAAAAAGUUGGGGAGAAGCCUCUUCUCUCAAUUUCUUCACUCACGCAGGCAGCCCGCAACAAUGUCCUUCUUGCCGUUCCAGCAUUUUUGUAUGCUAUAAACAACUAUCUGAAGUUUGUCAUGCAGCUUUAUUUUAAUCCUGCUACUGUGAAGAUGUUAAGUAAUUUGAAGGUGUUAGUAAUCGCACUUUUGUUAAAGGUGGUUAUGAAGCGCAGGUUUUCUAUCAUUCAGUGGGAAGCUCUUGCUCUCUUGCUUAUUGGUAUAAGUGUUAAUCAGCUACGAUCUUUACCCGAGGGAACUACAGCUUUGGGUCUUCCUGUCACAAUGGGUGCAUAUGUCUAUACGUUUAUUUUUGUCACGGUUCCAUCGAUGGCCUCUGUUUAUAAUGAGUAUGCUUUGAAGAGCCAAUAUGAUACAAGUAUAUAUCUACAGAAUUUAUUCUUGUAUGGGUAUGGAGCCAUGUUCAAUUUUCUUGGAAUAGUCGUGUCGGCUAUUGUCAAAGGUCCUAGCAGCUUUGACAUCCUAGAAGGCCAUUCAAAAGCCACUAUGCUAUUGAUUGCAAACAAUGCUGCCCAAGGGAUAUUAUCCUCUUUCUUCUUCAAAUAUGCAGAUACAAUUUUGAAGAAGUACUCAUCAACAGUUGCAACAAUCUUUACUGGCAUAGCAUCUGCAGUACUAUUUGGACAUAAACUAACAAUGAACUUUCUUAUUGGGAUUUCUAUUGUAUUCAUCUCAAUGCACCAGUUCUUUUCACCAUUGGCCAAAGUCAGAGAUGAACAAAAUGGUGUGCUGGAACUGCCAGAGGUUCAGGAUAAACAAAGGUCAAAGGACGCAUUUAUAAAUAUGGCAGCGGGAGCAAAUGAAGAGGCCACUCAUCGAGUGGGACAUGAUGAGAGACAGCCACUUCUCCCCACCUAG